AUGCCGGCCAUGUCAUCAUCUGGCAGCCCAAACCUCAAAACAAGCUCAUUCACGCUCACACGAUGGGUUACACUGGCCCUCGCCAGCGGCGCAUUCGCAGCUCUCAACGGCCUAUUCGCGAAACUGACAACGACUGAAGCCACCGGAUCCGCCGCAAGCAGCAUUGCGCACGCAUUGGGUCUACCUGAAGGGAUGGUCGAAGUCAUCGUUCGCGCUAUAUGUUUCGGUCUCAACCUCCUCAGCAACUUCAUAAUGUGGGCCCUCUUCACCCGCGCCCUAACGGCCGCGCCCUCCACAACCAAAGUCUCAAUCACAAACACAUCCGCCAACUUUCUCGUAACUGCGAUUUUGGGGAUGAUUGUCUUUCGUGAGCGGGUAGGUGGGUUGUGGUGGUUGGGCGCUGUGAUGAUGGGCGCGGGAUGUAUUCUUGUGGGUAUGAGGGAUGAGAGUAAGGAUAGCAGUCCAAAAGGGCAGGCAGCAGCAGCACGGGAAGGUGGUGAUGAUGAGGCGGAGGAGACGAUAACGUUGAGAGAGGAAGGGUUUGAUGAUGCGGGUGUUUUGGGAGGGCAUGAUGAGCCGUAUCGGGAUGAGUGA